AUGGAAGAGCUUAGCAGAGACAUGACUUUGCACCUAAAGGAUGAAAAUAAAAAAAAAGAAAAAAAAAUCGAAACGGAAAAUAUAAUUCAAAUAAAUUUCCAUUUACCUGAUGGCAGUAUUCGUACUCACAAUGAAAAAGCAAGUAUUGAAGUUGGAUAUAUAAAAUUAAGGCUAUCAAAAAAAUUACAAAUACCAUAUGAUAAAAUUAAUUUAAUUUAUAAUAAUAAUAUUAUGCUAGACCCCUUAUCAAUAAUUGACAUAAUAAAAACAGAUUUGGACAUUAUUGAUAUAUAUGUUAGCACCAUUCAUUAG